ACCCACUUGAACACGAGAUCUCAAGCUUAACUGUACACUGCACUUCUUCAGUCGACUGUCACCCUCGCAACAGAUCUGGGCAUCUCCUGCACCUGUUUACCCUACUCUGCCGACAGCCAUUGGCCCUCGAUUGGCGAAACACCAAAUAAGUAUCCAACAUGAUGACCCCGUUGGACGGCGAAAACCAAAAGAAACGCGUCUGCUAUUUCUUCGAUUCUGAUAUCGGAGGAUUCCAUUAUGGCCCAGGACAUCCGAUGAAGCCGACCAGGAUACGAAUGUGUCAUUCACUUGUCAUGAAUUAUGGACUAUAUAAGAAAAUGGAGAUUUUCCGCGCCAAACCCGCUACAAAACGUGAAAUGACACAGUUUCACUCGGACGAAUACGUCGAUUUUCUUAAUCGAAUAUCUCCCAGCAAUAUGAACUCGUUUAUAAAAGAGCAGCAUAAAUACAAUGUCGGAGAGGACUGUCCAGUAUUUGAUGGGUUGUUCGAUUACUGUUCAAUAUCAGCAGGAGGAUCUAUGGAGGGUGCUGCCCGGCUUAGUCGAGACAAGUGCGAUAUCGCCGUGAAUUGGGCUGGAGGGUUGCAUCACGCUAAGAAGAGUGAGGCCAGCGGAUUCUGUUACGUGAAUGAUAUCGUGCUGGGUAUAUUGGAACUAUUGAGGUACCACAAUCGAGUCUUGUAUAUUGAUAUUGAUGCACAUCACGGCGACGGUGUGGAAGAAGCAUUCUACACUACCGACCGUGUCAUGACUUGCAGUUUCCAUAAAUAUGGCGAAUUCUUUCCCGGGACAGGUGAAUUAAGGGACAUUGGUGUUAUGAAGGGCAAAUAUUAUGCUCUCAAUUUCCCUCUCCGAGACGGGGUUUCGGAUGAGAACUACAAGUCUGUCUUCGAACCUGUCAUAAGACAGGUUAUGGAGUCAUACAAUCCUUCCGCAAUAGUGCUGCAGUGUGGUACCGACUCCCUUGCAGGAGACAAACUUGGAUGCCUCAAUCUCUCUAUGCGAGGUCACGCCAACUGCGUAAAAUUUGUGAAGUCCUUCAACAAGCCUCUGCUGCUCCUCGGGGGAGGGGGAUACACCAUGCGCAAUGUUAGUCGUGCAUGGGCUUACGAAACGGGAUUGGCAGCGGGUGUUGAAUUAGGACCAGAUAUACCUGUUAAUGAGUACUACGAAUAUUUUGGACCAGACUAUCAGCUCGAUGUCAAGUCAUCAAAUGCAGACGACCUCAACACCCGUGCAUACCUGGACCGUGUCAAACGGAUAGUCAUGGAAAACCUCAGACAUACCGGUGGGCCGCCAAGUGUCCAAAUGCAAGAUAUCCCGAUGUUACCAAUAGAUAUCGAGAUGGAUGACUUGAACCGAGAUGACGAUCUCAUCCCGACGGAUAUACGCCGACCUCAGAGACUGUUAGAUGCCCGACGGCAAGCUGACGGUGAGCUGUCGGACUCUGACGAUGAAGGAGAGGGUGGCCGAAGGAAUCAUGCGAGCCAUAGAGAGCACAGAAGUAGAUCGAGAGAACGAAGUAGCUCGGUGGGGAGAAAGUUCGGAAUGCCGAGUGUAGGAAUAUUAGCUGCGGGCCCGACCGCUGCACACGCCGGUCCGAGUGGACAGACCACUAUCGCCAGAUUUUUGGCCAGCUCGACGAAAAUGGAGGUUGAUACGCCUACCUCGGAUACAACAUCAAAUGGUGACAACGAAAAUGGAGAUAAUUCAACAAUUCCAAUCGAGCAGAUGCCUGACGAUGCUAUGGUAGUUGUGACAGAAGGAUAAUUUUCUUGUAUGUUUAUGGACAUGUGCUAAUGUGUAUGUAUCUUAUAAGCUACCAUUACUUAAUUUGCUG